AUGGCCGAAUCUGCAGUGAGUCAGUAUGUGGAUCAGUUCAGCUGUCCAGUCUGUUUGGAUCCUCUGAAGGAGCCGGUGACGAUUCCCUGUGGACACAGUUACUGUAUGAGCUGUAUUACUGACUGCUGGGGCCAGAAGGAGCAGGGGCCGCCGUACCGCUGUCCCCAAUGCAGAGAGAGCUUCAGUCAGAGACCUCUACUGAAGAAGAACACUCUGAUAGCUGAGAUGAUCGAGACGCUGCAGAAGACGUCCCUACAAACAGCUGCUGUGGAGUGUGAUGUUUGCACUACAGAGAAGAACAGAGCUGUAAAGUCCUGUCUGCAGUGCUUGGCCUCCUUCUGUCAAACUCACCUGCAGCUUCACUAUGAAUCUCCUGCAUUUAUGAAGCACAAACUAGUCGAAGCUUCCAGAAACAUUCAGGAGAACAUCUGCCUCAGUCAUGGGAAACUUCUGGAGAUUUACUGUCAGUAUAGUUCAGCUCUAGAGACCAUGGAGGACAUUGAGAAGGUCUUCACUGAGCUCAUCUGCUCUCUUGAGAAGAAACGCUCUGAGUUUAAAGAGCAGAUCAGAGCUCAGGAGAAGACUGAGAUAGAUCGAGCAGAGGAACUUCACAAACAUCUGGAUCAAGAGCUGACAGAACUCAGAAAAAGACAAGCAGAGAUUGAGAAACUUCUGUUUACUGAUGAUCAGAUCCAGUGUCUGAAGGUAAUAUGUGUAGCUGUCAGUCUGUGUGUUUUACCUUCAUUUGAAGACGUUCCCAGCUUCACUCAACACACUCAUCUGUAUUUUAAAGACCUUUCAAUCUCAGCGUUUAAGGAGGUUUUGGAGGACGUCUGUCAACAACAAACAGCCAGAAUAUCUCGAGAAGUGUCAAAUGUCCAUGUUUCAGAGUCUCCAGAACCUAAAAAUCCAAAUGAAUUUUUGCUCUAUUUCUGUCAGCUGCAACUGGAUCCAAACACUGCACACAAAGACCUCAUCCUGUCAGAGGAGAACAGAAAAGCAUCACAUUCAGUUGAAGUUCAGCAACAUCCUGAUCACCCAGAGCGUUUUGAUGUUUAUAUGAAUGUCUUGUGUCGGGAGGGCUUGUACGGUCGCUGUUACUGGGAGGUCGAGUGCAGUGGAAACGACUGGUCUGUAGCAGUUUCUUACAAAGGAAUUGGGCGUAAAGGAAGAAGUAAUGACUGCAGACUAGGGUUUAAUAACAAGUCGUGGAGAUUGUCCCGCUAUCAGCAGAAUUUCUAUUUCAGACAUGAUAAAUCACAGGUCCCUAUCCCUGCUUUCCGCUCCUCUAGAAUAGGAGUGUAUCUGGAUCACAGAGCAGGAACUCUGUCCUUCUACAGCGUCUCUGACACAAUGACUCUCCUUCACAGAGUCCAGACCACUUUCACUGAACCCUUAUACCCUGCUUUUGGGGUUAGUCUUUCAUCUGUCAGGAUCUUAGAGAAGAGGAGAAUUUAGAUCAGUAAUGAAAGACUCACAAGAUAUCCUAAACUCUUUAGAGAAGAGAAGUUUUAUUUAGGCUAUAUAGCACCUUUCUGUAGCUCAAGGUCGCUUUACAUUGUACGUUACAAUACAUUUGCACACCCACAUACACAAUCCAAACACAUAAGGCCACAUACUGCCACAUUAUCCAAAAUACAUAUUAAGCACAGUUUACAGUUAAAGAUAUAGAUACACCCAAAGCAUUUAUGGAUUUCUGCAUCAGGUCUGCACAUUCCUGUCAACUUUUCUCUAACCAGUACUGCCAAAGAAAACCAGACGAUUGCAGUUCAUCGUUAAGCCACAAGGUGUCUGCUUUAGCUUGCAAAGUCCUCCCGUUUUCAAUUUUGUGUAAAUUAAUUUGCAAUGUAAAACCUACUGGCAUUUACAAUUAACCAAUUCUAAUAGUCAAGAUUAGAUAUUAGAAAAUGUUCUAUACAAUAUCAAAGUCAAAGCAAUACAAUUUAUGGACUUCUGUCAAAAAAAGUGGCUUUCAGAGCUGUUAAAGUGCUCACAUUAUUGCAUUAGAUUAAACAUGUUUAACAGCGUUAAUAAAUGUACCUAAUUACCUUUUUUUUUUUUUUUUUUGAGUGAUUUCUAAAGGGUGUUGCAUUUUUCAUGAAUUUUGAUUAAUUUUGGGGGAUUUUUGUUCAAGUGAGACAAAUAAAAUAUAUAAUCUAUAUGUAUAGCUAAAUGUUUGUACUUCAUUAGAUGUUUAAAGAAAAUAUGUUGUGGUUGUGUGUGUGUGUGUGUGUGUGUGUGUGAAAAUAUCUUUUUCAUUCUGCUAAAUUGGCAAAUGAUCUGCCAUAUGAUAUAAUUAAAUCACAAUCUUACCAUCAACCAUGUUCAGAAGCACAAAUAUGGAGCUUGCCUGGAUGUCAUUUUGUGGCAAUUUUCUGUUCACUAUAUACUAUACAUCAAAGAAAUGUGUAUAAAUGGACAUGCACAUGUGAAUUUUCUGUUUACAUUUAACAUUGCUACAAAAAUAAAAACUAUAUAGGGUCUAAAUGCAAAUGUUCAAAAUCGUUGUGUGUGUACUGCAGUAUUAACUUUUCACAGUUAAUGUUUAACUACUGCUGAAACUUGUAUCUUAAAAGCAGAGUGAUAAACAAUGGCUGCAUCCGAAACCGCCUACUUCUCUACUAUAUAGUAGGGGAAAAGCAGUAGGCGAGCGAAAAAGUAUGUCCGAAUCCGAAGUAUUCAUAAAAGAGUAGGUGAGAAUUACUUGGGUGACGUCUAAUUCUCGCGAGAUUCGGACGUGCGUC